UCCGCAUUCCCAAGCUCAAGCGACAACAUUUCUUACAGAGUAUCACAGAAUGAUGAUGAUGCACGGAACUACACCGCUGUACACGCAGGCGCCAGUGAAGGCCCCACAGAGCGAGACGAUCUCCAAUUCUAUCGGUCUAGGCGACGACCGCUCCUCGUCCAUCGUGCUGCCGCGCGGUCACGACCUGGUCAAGCACCUGGAGCGUCUCAUCCCAGCCGCACCACAGCCGCAGCAGCUACAGCCACUAGUCUACGCGCGCCAGCCUAAGAUCCAGGAGUCCACUGCUUGUUUCGACGCUGUACGCGCACUGUCGUUGAUGCCCUACCAGCAGCCACAGCCUCAGGCUAUCUCGUGCAUGUCCCAGUACAUCCACGCUAAUUCUCGCUACGAGUCGUCCUCUGCCUCUACUCUACCGGACUCGCCACUGUACAGCUCGGACAACUCUAGCAAUGGCGGCGUCCGUGCCUAUAACCACACGGAAGAGUUUUUGAACCGCACGGAGCCGCGCGCUACCUGUACGCGCCGUCGUCGCGGCUCAAGCGGUAGCAGCAGCAAGCGCUGCCACGUCAUGGGAUGCGACAAGAUCUCAGUGAGCCGGGGCCUGUGUCGCGGUCACGGCGGCGGUCGCCGUUGCCAACACGCAGAGUGCAACAAGGGUGCCCAGAGCCGCAGCGACUUCUGCUGGGCGCACGGCGGCGGCCAGCGCUGCGAGGUCAAGGGCUGCAUGCGUAGCCGUAAGUCCAAGCGCUUCUGCGUGGCCCACCUGAACUGGGACAGUAACGCGCCGGCGUCUCCUGCUCCGACGCGCCCCCUGUACGAGGCGAUUCCUCGUCAGAUGGAGCUGCCGAUGCCGGCAAUGCCCAAGAACGUGUCUCCUGUCAGCCCGGUGUCUGCGUCGAACUCUCCUCGACUCCCCAGUCUGCUGCAGGCGCUGCGCAACACGCAGUCGUCCAUGGCAGUGCAGAGUUAGCAAGAACGAAAAUAGCGGUAGUAUUUUCAUUUUUAAAGUUAUAGUAAGACUACGGUCGAUUUUUCAUUCA